CAAUUACGUGAUCUCUUCAUCUUCUUCUUCUUUUCUGCAUUUUUUUUUCUUUGUCUCUAAAUUUGUUCCCAUCUCCGAACAAUAUGUGAAAUCUUUUUAGACAAGUAUCCGGAAAAAGAACACACAGAUUAUUAGUACAUUAGAUACAGAGCAUCUUUCAAACCACAAAAAUAAUAGGAAUUGCUUAACUAUAGUUAUGGAAGAAGCAACAAAAGUGAGUUCCGAGGUCCCUCUAGUUAAGGUCGUGAAUGAACAAGUGACAAAGCAAGAUAGUGUUAUGGAGAAAGAAGAGGAAGAUACAUCAUUUGAUGGUGGUUUCGUAAAGGUUGAGAAAGAAGGGAUCAACGAAAAGUAUGAUGAUGGCGAGAAAGCAGAGAAAAAAGUUUCGAUUCAAGAAAGCUCGAACAGUUCACAAAGAGAACUACAUGAAGCGCAAGAAAAGGCGAAAGAAUUGGAGCUUGAAUUGGAAAAAGUAACAGGGGAACUGAAACGCUAUGAAUCAGAGAACACCCUUUUGAAAGCGAGAUUAGAAGAAACAGAAAAGAAGCAUGAAGUGGUUAAAAAGAAGUUGCAAGAGCAAAUUUCUGAAGGGGAAGCAAGACAUAGCUCACAGUUGAAGUCUUUGGAAGAUGCUUUGCAGCUGCAUGAUGUUAAACAUAAGGAACUAACUGAAGUUAAGGAAGCUUUUGAUGGGUUAGGUCUUGAGGUUGAGAACUCGAGAAAGAAGGUGAUAGAGUUGGAGGAAAGGCUAAGACUUUCUGCUUUAGAGGCCGAGACUUUUGAAGAACUUGAAGAGAAACUGAAGAUUUCAGAUGAAAAGUUCUCUAAAACAGAUGCUCUUCUGUCUCAAGCUUUGUCCCAAAACUCUGUUCUUGAGUUGAAACUGAAAUCUUUGGAGGAAUUAUCCGAGAAAGUAUCUGAACUAAAAUCUGCUUUGAUAGUGUCUGAAGAGGAAGGAAAAAAGUCAACUAGUCAGAUGAAAGAAUACCAAGAAAAGGUAUCUAAGCUGGAAUCUUCUCUGAACCAAUCAUCAGCAAGAAUCUCAGAGCUUGAAGAAGAUUUGAGAGUUGCUUUGCAGAAAGGUGCAGAGCAUGAAGAUAUUGGAAAUGUGAGUACUCAGCGCAGUGUUGAGCUACAAGGUCUGUUCCAAACAUCUCAGUCAAAAUUAGAGGAAGCAGAGGAAAAAUUGAAAGACUUGGAAGCAUUACAAGUGAAAAACUCGAGUUUUGAAGCUUCCUUAAGCGUUGCAAUAGAGAAAGAGAGGGAAUUGUCAGAGAAUCUUAAUGCUGUGAUAGAGAAGCUUAAAUCUGCUGAAGAGAGACUUGAGAAGCAAGCAAGAGAAAUAGAUGAAGCUAACGCAAGAAGCAUAGAGCUUGAAGCUUUGCAUAAACAUUCAGAGCUUAAAAUCCAAAAGGCAAUGGAGGAUUUCAGUAGCAAAGAUACAGAGGCCAAGUCUUUGGCUGAGAAAUCAAAAGAUCUCGAGGAGAGGAUAAGAUUAUAUGAAGGGAAAUUGGCUGAAGCAACUGGUCAAUUGCUUUCUUUGAAAGAAGAACUCGAUCAAUCGUCUGCAGAGAAUGAAUUACUAGCAGAUACAAACAACCAGCUCAAGAUCAAGAUUCAAGAACUUGAGGGAUAUCUGGAAUCUGAGAAGGAAACUGCGAAUGAAAGGUUUAAUCAGAGAGACAAAGAAGCCAAAGACUUGAGCACAAAGUUGAUAUCCCAUGAAAAUCUAAUUGAGGAGCACAAAAGGCAGAUUCUUGAAGCAUCUGGAGCUGCUGAUACAAGAAAAGUGGAGCUAGAAGAAGUUCUCUUGAAACUCAAGACUCUCGAAUCUACUAUAGAAGAUCUAGAAAAAGAAAAUGGAGAUUUGGCUGAAGUGAAUAUAGAAUUGAACCAGAAACUAGCAAAUCAUGGGUCAGAGAUCGACGAUUUUCAGGCAAAGCUCUCUGCUUUAGAGACUGAGAAAGACCAAACAGUCAAAGAGCUUCAGACAUCUAUAGAAGAUCUAACAAAACAGCUUACUUCUGAAGGAGAAAGUUUACGAUCACAGAUCUCUUCCCUUGAAGAAGAGAAUAACCAAGUCAAUGAGAUAUAUCAAAGAACAAAGAAUGAGCUCGUAAAGCUUCAAGAAAAGCUCCAAGAAGACAAGUCUAAAUCCGAUGCUAUGAUAUCCGAAAUCGGGAAGCUUAGUGCCGUGGCUGCUGAAAAGGCGGUGUUGGAGUCAAACUAUGAACAAGUAGAAAUACAAUUGAAAGAAGUCGAAGCUCAGUUGAAAAAAGAGGUCGAAAAAGUUGCAGAACUGACCUCAAAAUUGCAGGAACAUGAACAUAAGGCGAGUGACCGAGAUGUGCUACAUAAAGAGCUUCAAGCUUCUCACACUCUCAUUUCUGAACAGAAAGAAGCGGUUUCUCAGAAGCAUACAGAGUUGGAAGCUACUUUAAAGAAAUCACAAGAGGAGCUUGAUUCUAGAAAAUCUAUGAUUGUUCAUCUCGAAACCAUGGUCAAAGAGCUUGAAUUGAAAGUGAAGCUUGCAGAUGCUAGAUCUAAGAAACCAAAUUUGCAGGAAACUGAGUCUACGGGAAAAGAGGAAGUAGAAGUGAAAUCUCGAGACAUUGACUUACCUGUCUCAACUCCAAAGCAACGUAAGAGCAGGAAGAACUUAGAUGCUUCUCCUUCGCAUUCCUCUUCUUCAGGACACGUUAUGAUUCAGAAAGCUGAAACAUCUCAUGCCAUGACAUUAAAGAUCGUUCUUGGAGUGGCUCUUGUGUCUGUCAUUCUAGGUAUCAUUCUUGGGAAAAAGUAUUGAAUUCUUCAUGGUGUGAUUGUUUAGUAGAACAUGGGAAGCUUUUGUUUGAUUCUUGAUUCUUUCUGGAAUUAGGGAUUUUUAAUUUAUUUGUUACCAUCCUUUUAAGUCUUAUUUGCCAAGCAAGGCACAAAUGUUGCAAGAAUCUGAUUAAUUCUAAGUUUCUAA